AUGCCCAAAUUCAGCUAUUUGCCCAACUUACAAGAUGCUUUCACUCCAUUAUCAGAGCCUCAGCUCGCUAUAUUAGAAAGGCAGGUGGAUAGUGAGCAGCCAGAUCCAACAGUUCAAUCAUUAUUUAAUUAUGCCUGGGGGCUUGUAAAAUCAGAGGAUAAGGAUGAUAACAAGCAAGGCAUCGAAAUUCUAACGUCCAUAUUUAAAAAAGAACCCGCCAGGCGUAGAGAGUGUCUUUACUACCUCUCAGUGGGCUGCUAUAAAAUUGCAGAAUAUAGGGAAAGCGAGAGGUAUAUCAACGUUCUUCUAGAACACGAGCCUGAUAAUUUACAGGCCAAGUCGUUAAAGAAUGAAAUUGGCAAUGAGCUUGCAAAGAACAGUCUCAUAGGAUUUGCCAUAUUGAGUGGUGUCACUGCAGCAAGUGUCGGCUUGGCCAGUAUACUUUUCAGGAGAAAGAGGUAA